AUGCCGGACAAGCCUGGUGAUCUGACAGCCACCGAGGUGGGCGCAGACUUCGUCAACCUUGCCUGGUCUCGGCCUAUCAAAGAUGGUGGUGGCCGUCUUAAGGGCUACAUUGUUGAACGACGUGAGUCUGUGCCCCAGGUUGGGGGCAGUGGUGCCGGUACCGGUCCCGGAGGCUGGACGAGACUCACGCAGCAGCCCAUCCUGACGACUGGCCUCAACGUGCCCCACUUGAUAGAAGACAAGAGUUAUGAAUUCCGUGUUAUAGCAGUCAAUGAUGCCGGCGAAAGUGAGCCCUCUGUGAUCGGACGCCCAGUACUGAUAAAGGAUCCUCGAGCCUGCGCACCUCCGGUACUACGGCGUGGAUUGAAGCCAGUCACUUGUUCGGAGGGACGAGAUGCUGUAUUCGAGAUCGAUGUCGACUGUAGCUCACCGUUUGAUGUCGUCUGGUCAAAGGGUGGUCGCGAACUCGUCCCCUCCAGUCGAAUUGAGAUGGUCAAAGAGAAUGGAAACUGCCAACUUAUAGUUCACGACUGUGGUAUUGAAGAUGUUGAGGAGUACACGGCACGUGUUUCCAAUCGCGGUGGUAGCAAAAUCAGUCGAACUGAGCUGCAAGUGAAAAGUAUGUAUUCAUCUGGUUGCUUAGCUUUCUUUCUUUUACAACCUUAUCGGUGA